UUGAAUCCAAUUGAACGGUUCUGGGCAAUCGUAAAAGGAAGAUUGAAGUGUCACAAGUUGCUGACUGAAGAGAGAAUGUCUGAAAGAAUUGCUGAGGCUUGUAAUGCUAUACCCGUUGAGAAUUUGUACAACUUUGCUAGUCAUUCUAAACGACAAAUCAUUAAUUGUUAUAAGACAUCAUUCUAA